AUGGACAAAAAGUUUUGGAAGGAUCAUUAUAUGCUUCUCAACAAGGAUGAAGAAAAUGAGCUGGAGAUAUUUGGCUACAAAGCGCAAGGCUACCGGAAGGCCUUGUGCAUUGCUGGGUGUUUCUUGUCCUGCGGGGCUCUGCUACUGCUGUUUUACUGGAAGCCAGAAUGGGACGUGUGGGCAAACUGCAUCCCCUGCAGCUUGGAAGAAGCAGAUACUGUGCUGCUUAGGACAACAGAUGAGUUUCAAAGGUACUCCAGGAAAAAGGUGACCUGGAUUGAUUUGUCCACAUCGCUGCUACCCGAGGGCAGUAAAACAGAUAGUCUUCUUGUAGCUGAUAAAGAUUCUGUUAUAAACAGAGCCAUAAUGAAGCCACAGUUGAAGAUGAGAUGUAUCCAGGUGCAGAAAAUCCGUUAUAUUUGGGACUUUUCUGUGAAAGAGUUCAAGAAAGUUGGAUUGUUAGAGGACAGUAACACAUGUCACAAUAUACAUCACAAGUUUGGAGCUGGCCUGACAAGGGAAGAACAGAAAAUGAGGCAGCUGGUGUGUGGGCCUAAUACCAUCGAAGUUGAAAUUCGCCCCAUUUGGAAAUUACUUUUUAAAGAGAUUUUAAACCCCUUUUAUGUGUUCCAAGCCUUCACCCUCACUCUGUGGCUGAGCCAAGGUUAUAUUGAAUAUUCUGUGGCUAUCAUAAUCCUGUCGAUCAUUUCUAUUGGCUUAACCGUGUACGACCUCAGGCAGCAAUCUGCCAAACUGCAUGACCUUGUUGAGGCACAUAACAAAGUCGAGGUUACAGUCUGCACGAAGAAUGAAGGUUGCAAAAAGCUAGAGUCUCGUUACUUAGUCCCAGGAGACAUGUUUAUUUUGGAUGAAAAAAAGCUUUCUCUUCCAUGUGAUGCGGUACUGAUCGAUGGGAGCUGCAUUGUGAAUGAAGGCAUGCUCACAGGUGAAAGUAUUCCAGUUACUAAAACUCCCUUGCCUCUUGUGGAGAGUCCGAUGCCCUGGAAAACCCACAGCAUGGAAGACUAUCGGAGACACGUCCUCUUCUGCGGCACAGAAGUCAUACAGGCGAAGCCAGUGGGCAGAGGGCCAGUGAGAGCUGUCGUGCUGCAAACUGGGUUCAAUACAGCUAAAGGAGACUUGGUGAGAUCCAUCCUCUACCCCAAGCCUAUGAACUUCAAACUCUACAGAGAUGCCUUCAAGUUCAUUUUAGGCCUCUCUUUAAUUGGCAUGCUCGGAUUGAUCUACACAGUCUGUGUAUUUGUCUACCACAAAAAGCCGGUGGCAGAGGUAGUGACUAUGGCUCUCCUGCUCCUCACCAUCCCCGUGCCUCCAGCUAUCCCUGCUGCCUUGACGACAGGAAUUGUUUAUGCCCAAAGGAGACUGAAGAAAAAGAAGAUUUUCUGCAUCAGCCCACAGAGGAUUAAUAUCUGUGGGCAGGUCAACCUUGUGUGCUUUGACAAAACUGGCACACUGACAGAAGAUGGACUGGACCUGUGGGGUGUCAUCCCUUCAGAAGGAAGCCGGUUUCAGAAAAUUCAUAAACUGCCAUCCAGUAUGCCUUUGCCCUGGGGACCUGUGUGUGGAGCCAUGGCAAGCUGUCAUUCACUGGUUGUUUUGGAUGAGAAGAUACAAGGAGAUCCACUGGAUCUGAAAAUGUUUGAGGCCACACACUGGGAAUUAGAGGAUUGCAGUACAGCUCAAGAUGGGGCCAGUGAUCUCAACACCUGCAUGGUUAGACCUGGACCAAAGGCCAGCACCGCUCCUGUGGAAGGAAUAGCAAUCCUGCAUCGAUUCCCAUUUUCUUCAAGGUUGCAGAGAAUGUCUGUUGUUGCUCAGAAGAUCGGAAAGGAACAGUAUGACCUGUACAUGAAGGGAGCACCGGAGACAGUAACCAGCUUUUGCAGAAAAGAAACUGUCCCGGCUGAUUUCUUAAAGGAGCUCGAGAUGCACACGAGCCAAGGGUUCAGAGUCAUUGCCCUGGCCCAUAAAGCGCUGAGCCUGGGAGAGGAUGCAGACGUGGGCAACCUGAAGAGAGAGGUGGCAGAGUCUGACCUGGCGUUCCUGGGCCUCCUGGUCAUGGAGAACCGCCUGAAGCAGGAGACGGAGCCUGUGCUGAGAGAGCUCACUGCUGCCCGCAUCCGGAGCGUCAUGGUCACGGGGGACAACCUUCAGACGGCUGUGACGGUAGCCAGGAGCGCGGGGCUCAUUCGCAGGGCCAGCCGAGUGAUCCUCGUCGAGGCGAGCGAGCCGGAGGGCUCCUCUCCAGCUUCCCUUUCCUGGCAGCUCGCAGACGACAGCAAGGCAAACACAGCUGGGCUCAGCGAGAUAUGUGUUCAUACUGAGGAAAAGGUGAUCUUGGAAGGAGAAACCUGCAACUACCAUUUUGCGAUGGAUGGAAAGACCUAUGAAAUCAUUAUAAAACACUUCUACAGCUUGCUGCCAAAAAUACUAGUGAAUGGGACUGUCUUUGCCAGGAUGUCUCCCGCCCAGAAGUCCAGCCUUGUGGAAGAGUUUCAAAAACUGAAUUACUGCGUGGGUAUGUGUGGCGAUGGAGCUAAUGACUGUGGGGCUUUGAAAAUGGCCCAUGCAGGAAUAUCACUGUCAGAGCAGGAGGCGUCUGUGGCUUCCCCCUUCACGUCACAAAUUCCCAAUGUACAGUGUGUGCCGGAGCUGAUCAGGGAAGGUCGAGCUGCUUUGGUUGCUUCCUUUGCUGUGGUUAAAUACUUGACCCUUUAUGGCUUGAUUCAAUUCUUUGGUACUGCUCUGCUGUUUUGGCAACUGCAAAUCUUUGGAAAUUACCAGUAUUUGAUACAAGAUGUUGUCAUUACCCUUCUGGUUUGCCUAACAAUGAGCUUGACCGAAGCCUAUCCAAAACUGGCACCCUAUCGCCCUCCUGGCCAGCUCAUCUCUCCUCCCUUACUACUCUCCGUUGUCCUCAACGUGUGCUUUACUGUAGUCAUGCAAGCCUGCGGCUUUCUUCUGGUGAAGCAACAGCCCUGGUAUGCAGAGCUGGCUAGCCAGAGACAUUGCUCUGUGGGAAAUCAGACUCUGACAUCCAUCAGCCCAGGAGGAAACAGUACCACCAGCAGCGUCUACAGCAGUGUCCUCAGUUACGAAGAUACUACGCUGUGGCCACUAUCUUCCAUCAAUUGCAUCAUGGUGGCCUUUGUCUUUUCCAAAGGAAAGCCCUUCCGGAAGCCCAUCUAUACCAACUAUGUGUUUUCAGUCUUAUUGGCCCUCCAGCUUGGAAUCUGCCUCUUCCUCUUCUUCGCUGACAUUGAUGCUGUGUAUAGUGGCAUGCAGUUUCUUUGCACUCCUGUGAUCUGGAGAGUUUAUGUCUUAUUGAUGCUCUUGGUCACCUUUUGUGUAUCUUUUUUUACAGAGGAUGUUAUCUUACAAAACAAACACCUCUGGCUGCUGCUCAGAACCUUGUUUGGAUUCCAGUCAAAGAGCCAGUACCGGAAAUGGCAGAGGAAGUUGCAAAAGGAUCCAAACUGGCCUCCUUUAAAUGCAAAAGACUUUGCAACAAAAAAUACAAAUGAGGUUCACAUUAACCCAAUAUAUGAACACAAUGAAGGGGAUUGGGGUGAGAACCUAUAG